AUGCGCAGGCAUGGCUCACCGACUCGGGCGAGCACACACCAGUCGAGCAGCGGCCUCGAAGCGCACGCGGAGCCGCUGCGAUCAGCGUGGACCACCGACCCGGAGGAGCAGAACGAUGCGACCUGCACCGCUGAUACCAGCUCGAUAAACUGGGCAGCGCUACUAUUCGGUUCAGAGGACUUGGCGCAGGUGCCAGCGAUCACUGCACUUGACUGGCUCGACACGCUGCACGGCUCGGUGCCGCUGGGACGUUUACGACGCGCCUGCCUUCACCACGUCAUUCCGAGUGCAUUUCGGCCAUGGGCGUGGCUUCUAUUGCUGGGUGCCCUGCCACCCAUGCGAGCGACGUGGCGCAUUGGACUCGUGGUUCGUCGAGACAUGUACAACGAGUGCGUGCGCUUCGCCACGCUCACUGGUCUACGGAAGCUUGCCCUGACGCACGGUGCCAAAGCGGACUCUGCAAUCGAAAUUAUCUUUUGGGCAUAUGUUGGAUAUCUUGCGGCAGCGCUCGAGACGCGUCAUCUCACCCGGAUGGACGAAGCGGCGGGCGCUGGUCUCGCUGCCGUGCGAACCCCGCACCUGCGGCCCUAUCGCACCGACUGGGUGUCUCGCCUUGAGCGUACGCGGCAUUGGAUCCAAAACCCAGAGCAACGCAGUGAGCGAAGCGCGAUUCUUGCUCAAAUCCAUGUUUUCGAUGCUGUUUUUCGCGGAAAGCCGGAGCUCGCCUGGUGGUGCCUGGUACGCUUUCGGGAACAAGAGCGACGUUUGGCCACGAAUCGCCUGGGGCAAACGGUGGAGUCGUUCGAUUCCGCGUAUCGUGUGCGACUGGUGCUCCAUCUGGUCGAUGUCGCCGAUCAGGAAGCUGCCCAGAGUCCGCCGGGCACGCCGCCUCAAACCGAUGACUCGGAAGGCAGCACAAUUCGACUACCGAAGCAGGCCAAACGGCUGGGCGGCUUCUCCGCACUGGUAAUGGCUAUGCUGAAGCUCGCGAAACCCGGAGCUCCGCAGCAUCAGGUGCUGCCCAGGGCCGAGGAUGCGAAAGGUGCAUCGGGGCGGCGCGAUUCACCGAGAUUCGCUCGGUCAUCUGAAGAGACGUCGCUCACGGAGCACAGCGGUGCCCCAGCGACGGUGACGGUGCGCGCACUUUUCGAGCGGGCAGCAGCGGCUGGUAGCAGCGCGGGACAAGGCCGCAGCCAAAGCACCCAGGAGCUCGAGAUGUACGCGCGGCAUCUCUUGCAGUCAGCAUUCGCUGAACGUUUAUCGCUCGAAUACUGCGUCUUGAUGUGGGACCGCGUCUUCGCAGCGGGGCCGGAUCUCAUGGCCCAUCUGGCGUUUCAGCUGCUGGUGCAGCUCGCUUUCCGACACCACGAGCACGGCGCACCGCCCGAGCGUGCCACACUGGAUAAGGGAUCACCGCACAGCGGGAAGCUUCAGGCUUUGCUCCAGCGUCCCAGCGCGUUCCUGUGUGCAGCGGACAUCGAGGCAAUCUGUGACCGGGCGAGCAACGCUGCCGACUACCUGCUGGGAUACGAUGGCGAACUCCUGGAUGAUUGGGAUCCAAUUUACGCGUUCGAUGUCCAGUGGCCGGUGCUUGAGCGCGGUGAUCAAGGCGCUCUCGUACGCAUUCUUCAGCACCUUUUGCGCGCACGCGGCUACGGCAACUGGUUCACGAUUGAUGGGGUCUACGGCAUACGCACUUGUACAGCUGUUGCACGCUUCCAACAGGACCUCGCAAAGCAAUUUCGCCCUGAUCGAGAGCUGCCGGCCCAGCGAGCCGUUCAUGCGCUGGCAACGUCGCGCUUGGACACCGGCCGACCGCUUACGGUACGCCUCGAACGGUUAUCGAGUGGCACUGCGGUGCAAGCAGCAGCACCAGCAGCAGCACAUCGACCCCAAAUGAUGGGUGCGCUCACAGGGCGCCGUCCGCUCGGAUCGCCCGAGUCAGCGACCGCCUCCAGGGAAUACGAACGCUACCGAGGUGACCAGGUCAACGACCAGCUUUGGCCAGAGCUGGUUGUUCCGGUUUCAGCUGGCGAUCGGGGUGAUGCGGUCAUGGCGCUUCAGGUAGCGUUGCGAGACCUGCACGGCUACGACGCAGUACGCAUCGACGGAUUCUUUGGUCGUCGCACUGAGGCGGCGGUGCGCGACUUUCAGCGCCGCGGUGCAGCGCGACUCAUGCCCAUUGACGGCCUCGUGGGCCCUGUCACUUGGCUGCACCUGCUCGGUAGCUAA